GCCUGAGUCCUGCUGAUGCUGAACCUUAUUCCUGUGUUGGUGUUUGUAGACGGGGGUCCCAGCGGCGUGACGAAGCUCCACAGCUGCUCCGUCUGUGGGAAGAGCUACCCGAAGCUGUCCAGGCUCAGACAGCACUUCAAGAUCCACGCCAAGGAGAAGCUGCACCGCUGCUCGUUGUGCGAGAAGGCUUUCACCACCACGACCAACCUGAGAGCCCACGAGAAGACCCACAUGACCAACAAACCUCACCCCUGCAGAAUCUGCCCCAGGAGCUUCCUGAGGCCCUGCCUGCUACGCAAACACAUGAGGAUCCACGUCAGGGACGGACUCAUCGCCGACUCUGCUGACAUAGAGUUCUGGCUCAACAUGAAGACGGAGGAGGAGGAGGAAGAGAUGACGACGACGACGAUGGAGGAGGAAGAGGAAGUAGGGAUGACGACGGAGGAGGAAAAAGGGGAGGGAGGGAUGACGAUGGAGGAGGAGGAAGGUCUGAACAAGCAGGACUCAGAAGACCUUUCUACCUCCACCGAGUCCAGAACGCCACAGGACCGCUUGCUGUCGGAGGAGGACAACGGCGAAGAAAAGGAGGAGGGAGACGUCAGCGGGUUGAUCAACUCUGAUGGCGAGGAAGAGGACUGGAGGCCGGCGCUUAUCG